GCAGGUACUUCGUCCGUUGCAUCGCCAUCUUGGAAAGGAACGACAUCCAAAACGUGAUUAUUCGCAACUUUCCAAAAAAAAAUCUAAAAUGUCUACUGAAAGCAAGGAAAGUUUAGUGCAGCAGGCGAAACUAAGCGAACAGGCAGAGCGGUAUGAUGAUAUGGCUCAAACCAUGAAAAAACGAGUUUCAAAAGAAGAAGAACUAAAUAAUGAGGAGAGAAAUUUACUGUCAGUCGCUUACAAAAAUGUUGUUGGUGCCCGUCGCUCAUCAUGGAGAGUUAUUUCGAGCAUAGAAUCCAAAAGUAAUGAAGGAGAAAAGAAAUCUGUAAUGGCAAAAGAAUACAGAGAGAAAAUAGAGGAAGAAUUAAAAGAAAUAUGUAAUGAAGUAUUGAGUUUACUUGAUGACACAUUAAUACCAAAAACAAACCAGGAUGAGAGUAAAGUUUUCUAUCUGAAAAUGAAGGGAGAUUAUCACCGAUACCUAGCUGAGGUUAGCCAGUCCUCAAAUAGAGAGGAAGUUGUAAACAAAUCUUGUCAGGCAUAUGAAGAUGCAAUGGCUGUUGCUACAGAAAAAAUGCAACCAACACAUCCUAUACGUCUAGGCUUGGCCUUAAACUUCUCUGUAUUUCACUAUGAAAUUAAAAACUGUCCAACACAGGCUUGCGAAUUGGCAAAAAAGGCAUUUGAUGAUGCUAUAGCAGAAUUGGACACAUUAAAUGAAGAGUCCUACAAAGACAGUACUCUGAUCAUGCAGCUUCUUAGAGAUAACCUUACUUUAUGGACGUCAGAUACAGCAGGCGACGACCAACCAGAUGACAAUAACUGAUAGAGGAAUAUAGCUCGUCGCUAUUUAAACACUAGUGAACAUUUGAUUUAUUACUAGUAUCAUUGUUAUAUUGAAACACUUUCAUACGUCAUAGAGCUUGACAUUUUAGUUAACAAGGGUUAUCCAUCUUAGCAUGAGGAUAGUGCUAGUUAAGUUCAUGUUUAACGGGAACACGUAGAUUAAUAGAAGUCAUGUGACAUGUAACGAAGUGAUCGCUGCUUAAAAGGCGUCUUCAGUAGCAGUUGAAAUAUUCGUGUUUUUUUUUUUUUUUGUUACAGGUACAGUAAUUCAAUGUAUCAUAUGUUUUUCUAGUUAAUUUUUCUGUUAGAUGAGGGAUUUCAUUUUUUUUUUUUUUUUUUUUUUGGUUUAAGUUUGAAUUCAGAAUUUAGUACAUACCGUAGUAGAGGCAAGACGUUAAGCUUACAGAAUAUAGUUUUUCCAUUUAUCAUUUUGCAGGAUAUGUUAAGUUAGAUAGCCCUUGUGCAUUAAAAAAAAUCUCAUCCCGUGUGUUUCAUGUACUUGAUAAGUGAUUUGAAGCUGUCUUUUUACUGAUGCGACUUUCUUUUUCUAUUUGUUCUUGUUAAUGUCUCCUAUUACCUUGUCAAGUUGUCUAUUCUCUGUAACAUUAUAUACGAGGUAUAGUUUGCUUAAGAUAUAUGAAGCGUCACUUCGAAAAGGACCCUUUUGAUAUUUUUUCCGUUUUUCAUAAAUUUGAUGUUGAUUGUUUUGUGAGAAAAUAGUCAGUUGUUACACGUUUUCUUGCGUUUUCAAGAAUUAACUGUGAAUUGACUGUGAAAGAACAAUGCCAUGUCGAAUAACUGGUCAACAUUUGUUCUGUAAAAGGAAAAAAAAAUGCAUCCAUUCUACACAAUGGUCAGUUUUGAUGUGACGUUUCUCAUAUGACAUAUAUAUCAAAGACUUGUUAAUGUAUGUUCUGGUUAAUCCGGUGUUAGACCAGCCUUAUAUAAUACAUGUGUUGUUGUUAAUGUUGUAAUCGGUAACUACUUGUAGAUGUAAAAAAACAUACUUUUAUAUUAAUUAUCAGCAGCCGUAAAAGAGUACUGGUAUGUGUGGCUAUUUUUAAUUUUUUUUUUUUUUUUUUUUUCAAAUCAAAAUAGCUGUUGUGAAAUUAAGCUUCUUUUAUCUGUGUUGUGUGAUCCAUACAGUUCUCAUCAGGUGGUGAACAGAUCUAAUUUUCGAUAUUUGCUUCAAAGCCACAUUUCACAUUAUGUUCACCCUUCGCUAGCUUUUUAUAUAAAUUUUCUCAUCAUUGAAAACAUACAUUAUUACCUCCCCUUAAUUCAGAUUACUCCGCUGUAAAGGCCAUUUUGUCACAAAAAGGAAUUCUUUUAGUGUAUUUUCCAAUGGGCCUAAACCCUUUGAAAAAUUAUUUUGUUUCUACAUGAAGUUAAAUGUUUUAAAAAGAGACUAACAACAUGUUAAAAUUUCUAUAUGAAGUCAAAAGAUGCUAACUUCCAUAACAAUUUUGCAUUUUGUAACAGAAAUUUUGAUUAUUUAGACCACCAAUGUUAUUAAUAAAAACAACUUUUGUGAGAACUGGAAGUUUUCAGGUGAGAACUAAACUUGAAAGAGUUUAUUUCAUGAAAUAGGGGUUUACAGGAUGAAGUGGUUAGAUUGGAAAUAAAUAUUUGCAUACCUGUGGUUGCAUUUUGUUUUCUUUCCUUAAAGGGGAAUAUGCACAUCAUUUGAAAACAUUUCUCAUUAGAAAGAGAUUAGUGAAGUAUAACAACUGGCAAAAAAAUUAUGGUAGUCCGCCUACAAACACAAAAAUAUUCAAUAUGUUUGAAUCACUGGUUAUAUGGGCUGCAGUUUCAUAACAUAGUAAACAUUUAAUAGCCUGCAUCUUAUUUGUUUGUGGUCCGAUUUCCAUCGUGUUUUACCGUUUUAAAGUCUUCUUUGAAGCUAUCUCAGUGGAAACGUUGCAUAUGCCCCUUUAACUUGUCCAGGUUCUAUAAGACACAAUGUCAUGGCAUAAUGUUCAUUCCUUAUAAUUUAUAUAGAGCAGUAUCACAUGUUAGAUAGUAUUUAAUCAAGACGUUUUCGCAUAGUUUGAGAAUUAUAUGCAGUAUUUUCAAUACUUUUAUCGGAUUUUUUUUUUUUUUUUUUUUUUUGAAGAUUGAUAAAAUUUGUUUGGUGAUUAUAGGCAUUGUAGGAAAAAAAUUGCUUUAUUAAACUAUAGUUUGACACAUUUUGUAUAGUAAAAGAAUUUGCAAGUUAAGUUACUUAUAUGUAUACUUGAAAGAUUACAUUAGAUUUGGGAAAUCAAUUAAAUUGAACUUUUUCACAUCACUAGCAUUUUAUGCUAAAAAGCUUAUACUCGUGCCCUGAGUUAUUAAAUUUACUUACUUUUCAAUGUAAUCAAUACUUAAAAGCUUGAAUAAACAAAUUGUCUAGUAGUUGUUACUGAUAGUAAGAAAGAAGAUAGAAUGUUAGAAGCAAUUUUCUAUAUACAAAAGGAAUGAAGUCUGUCGCUUUUUUGAUUUUAUGUGUUUCACUGCAUGAAAUGUGUUAAGCAAGAAUGUGCUUUUGUCUAAGGUUGAGUGCUAGGAUAUAUUUUUUCACCUAUCUAGUUUGUACAGAACAACUGGAGCUUGGUAUCUCGAAAUGACUUGUCUUGAAAUUCUGAUUAUCUGGAAGAAGAUUUCAUAUUCUAUCAAGUUGCAUUUCAAUUUUCUUAAUACUAGCAGUAUAAAAACUGUAUACAUUUAGCAUACUUUUAAACUUGUUUCAUUUCUUGAAGUCAAGUUUAGAUUAUCUUGUCCAGUCAUGUAAAAAAAUUUAAGUACCAAGUUCCAGCUGUAUGUACGUACAUUUUAUUUGAAAAUAACUUAAUACAAAUUUAAAUGGCGCUUUAGAAUUUUAUGAAAUGAUUCUUGAUAGAAUGAAAUAGAUGUGUAACGAUGUCGAGUACACAUUAUAUGGAACAAACUAUUUUCUAAUAAAACAGAUAUGUUUCAAAUCAGAAAUUCUGAAUGCAAUUUUCCAGAAUACAUAAAAAAUUUCAGAUGUCUGGUCAUAUUUUCAUUAUUUAUUGGUAUUAACAAAUAACUUUUGUAAUAGAAGUUAACCUGGUUCAUUGCAUGCCGUAGUUUUUAAACUUCAAUAUACUGGCAAACACGUUUUCAACAUCGGUAUUGCAUUGUUGUAGUAUAAAUGUUUGAAUUGUUACCCCACCCACCAAGUGUGAUUGUUGGUCUGUUUCCUUGCUUUUGUUUCGAGGGAUUCUUUAGGCAAAAAAAAGUAGUAUUUGUCUCAAUCUGCACAUAGCAGUAGAUAUGAGAAAAAUGCUGUUAUUUUUUAAACCUUGUAUCCUGGUGCCACAUUGAACAAGGAAAUUGGUAGUGUGAAUAAUUUGAUCACGUAUUUAACGAGCCAGUUUAAGACCAGGGAGGGAUUAAAUUUAAAAAAACAAUUUGGUAUUAGUAAAAGGGAUUUUCUUGGCAGUAAGGGGUUUAGAUAAUGCUGUUUAAACCAAAUUCCAUGUUUAGGCACACAAAAGUAUUUUUAUGUAAUGUCACAUGACGUGUACGUUUUACUUUUUGAUGGAGAUUGGACAUAAUUUUAUAAGAAGUUAUUACCAUAACACUUGUGAUUUAUAACAUGAUUCAAUGUGAAAGGAGUUUAAACUCUUAUUUUUUAUGAUUGUUUUAGACUAUGUGAACACAUAGGGAAAGGACAGGGUUUUUCAUGUUGCAAGUUUCUGAUGUCUGACGAGUUUUUUGGCUGAUUAGAUAGAUAGACUGUGACUUCCAUUCCACUCUUGUCAAAGACAUAUAAUUUCUAUCAUCAGUUUUACAAACCAACCUGAAAACAGUCUUUCUUUUUCAUUAUUUUCCACAGGGACAAUAUUUAUAUUUCAAUGUUGAUAGUUUUACUAGCAGCAUAAGUGGCGUGAACAUGCGCUCAGGCAUGCCGGUUUUCCGAAUUGAAGAUUUCGCAGUGCUAUGUACGUUUUUUCACCUGAAGAGUGGCCGGAUUAUUAAACAAAUCGCCUGGUAACAUGUGAAGCCCUGUAUUUUAAUAGACAGUGUAGCGGCAGAAAGCCAUUGUUACCAGUUUAGUUUUUCGCCCAUGUUUUAGUCAUGUAGUAUGGAAAUAACAAGCUUUAUAUAGAUCUAGUUUGGUAUUUUAAGUUUCGUAAUUGUAUGGACAUGCAAUAAAACAUUUCUCCAUUUA